AAGCCCAGAAUAUAAGGGUAUGAAUAACUUUGGUCAGAAGACAAGUAACAAGACUACCACUCCGCUUCCAUCCAUGGGUAAGAAAAUCUCAAAGUCAGGCCAUCACCAAGUCCCACCCAAGACUGUUCAGGAAUCUGAAAGUGCCUCACCAGAAGAUGAAGUUAUUCCUUGUUCUCAAAGUUUUUAUAAGAAAGAGCAAUUUAGCAGUGAUGAAGAAAGUGUCAGGUCAGGAGACCCAGUAAUCCAUAAUAGUGAAGGACAAAUAGGUAAAAAUGAUGUCACAGUUCCUUUUGGCAAAAUUAUGAAGUCAGAAGUUUUCACUUAG